AAGGUUUAGGGGGAAGGAAGGAAGGUUUAGGGGGAAGGAAAGGGAAACAACAUACAUAUACACAACACAAUUUCAUCUUUUUUUUUUUUUUUUUUUUAGCUGAUGUUUGUAUCAAGAGCACAUUGGAAGACACCACCAGCGGAAGCGGCAGUAGCAAUGACAAAAUGUGCAAACGCCUUGAAUGUAUACAGACUUAUUUGAAGGCAAGGGAUGAAGCAACAGCAGCAGGAUCAACCCCAGUGACGGAACAAUUUUGGACGACGAAUGUUAAGAACUUAUGGGAUGAAUUGGCAAAGGAAAUGAACGAUAAGGGAACAGUAGAUCAAGAUGGAUGCGACAAAUUGACUGCUCCCUCUGAAAAGAAGGCAUGCAAUUAUUUGCAUGCCGGCUUAAAGAAACUGUAUGAGACGUCGUCGUCGUCAGACGACGACGUCUUAAAGAACAACCCAUCGUUUAGACAAACGAUGGGUUGUUUUUUACUUCAUUCCUAUGCAAAACACAUGAAAAGCAAAGCAAUUUGUAAUAUUGAUAAAGGAAUAGAGAAGGCAUUCGAACUGGGGGAUGCUCUGAGUAAUAGUGGUACUAAAUGCAAGUGGGAUGGGAACAGCACUUGGGAAAAUUGUACAGUUAAGGAAGGUAGCAGCCAGAAAGCAACAGACGUAAAGACCAAAUUGAAGACCAUCAUCACGGAGAACGACACCAAAAUAAAAGAAAUGGCAACGGAACUAAAUAAAAAAGAAGGUCUAUGCAGACGCUUCCAAUGUAUAUCCGAAAAAUGGUUAAAGCAGAAUAAAAGCAAUGGCGAAACUCUCACAUCAACGGACUGGGAUAGGGUGCGGAGUAAAAUCACAAGUCAAAUUCCCGAUCUUAGCACUGCCCUCGGCAGUGCUACAUCUACAGGGAAAAAGGAAGAAUUUGAGAAGUACUGUCAAGGCAUUCCUGCGGGGCCGGGUGGCAGGGCUGCUGAUAAGGAUGCUUGCGUCCUUAUUGCAGCAGGAUUAAAAAACCUCUACAGUAUAAGCGAUGGGAGCGAUGCCACUAUGGCAUCGCUCGAAAGAACGAUGCGCUGUAUUUUAUUAAAUGCCAUUGCAGAUAAAAUGAAGGAAAAACUUCCAUGUAAAGAGGAAAGGAGUGUUGAAGCGGGGAUAGAGAAGGCAUUUCAGAGUAGUGAUGCUAUUAGGAAGGCAAGUAAGGUUUGCGAGACUGAUGAUAAAUGUUUUAAGUGUGAGAGGUUUACGGACUAUGACGAAUGCCGAAUUAAAGAAAAUGACAACUCAGCGGAAGUGCCUUUAAAGGACGAAAUUGACCCCAAGUUGAAAGAUACUGGUCUUCUUAGUAAUAGUUCCUUAUCGAAGUCUUCUCUAACCAAGACCAUCU